CUUAAGGGUGAAUGGCAUAUAAAAAUGUAUGUGUUCUAUUUGAGUAUCUUCAAAUACAUUUUAGAUAAAACACCAUUUUUAAGUUAGAUGAAUGGAAAUAGACUACUAAAAGAAUAAGGAAAGCGCUUGCUACAGCUUAGAACCCACUGUGACUGUAUUCCUGGGACAGGUGGCAUUUUUAAAAACUUGUAAUACCUCAUUACAUUGCUAUUGUUCUCAGUAAUCCAUUCCAAAAUAAAGUCUAAUAGACUCUAAUUCAUUACAAAAAUCUAUUAUCAUACAAUAAUGUAGAAAAAAAAUGUUGCAGUUAUCUCUUACAGCAUGAGUUAUUAUCAUUAAAUUAUAAAUAUUACAGGCAACUGUCAAUAACCAACCAAAUAAUAAUAGUAAUUAAAAAAAAAAAACCUGCUAACUGGAAUUGUUCACACCACUCUCAGUAACUUUACAGGAUAUGCAUUCUUGUAUCUAAACCUCAGUGGAACACCACAGUAACAAGGAAUUCUAACAUUAAUUAAGUAACUAUUAAACAUGUAAUAAAUACAAAAGACUCUCUGUUAGAAUGAUUUUUAAUAUAACUAUACAUGCAAAAGUGGAAAACAAGGUAUAAUUAAAUUUAACAAGAACUAGAAUUAAAGUACAUGAAAACUAAUUACAGCUUUACAGCCUAAUUACUAAUAUUCCACAGCAAAUAAAUGUAAUUGCAAAUGAGUUUGGCUAUGAAUUCAGAAUAGGAAGCCAGCUUACAUGUCCAUUAUUUUAGUAGAAAAAUUAGUAAUAAUGAGACUGAACAAUGAUAACAGGUCAUGAGAUGAAUUCUCAUAGUCCAUGUUUAAACAAAGCCAAACCAGCAAAACAAGAACCUUACCAGACUUCUGUUCUCAUAAAGGAACUUAUUUAUAGGUGUUGAAAAGCCUUAUCUUACAACCACAGAUGUAUAAGAAAGCAGAAAACCCAAAAGUCUCAACUUCUGCAGAGCUAAACAGAGUUUGACCUGUGAUCAUUCCUAUGCUGUGGAGGAAGGAAACUGUCCUGUGUGUAACUCUGGCUGAUUUGUGUAAAAUGCAUUUCUUGGACACUGAGUCCAUUUUCCCUGCUGGAACCCUUGGAUGCAUCAGCUGUAAAUUGCUUCCACACAACCCAACACCUGAGCAGACAGAAGAGAUGUGUCCAUCUGGUCACUCAUGUGAGGACAGACAUGGACACAGCACUACUGCACAUGGGCUUUGGUGAUGGCUUGUGGAGCUCAAGAGCUGUUAAAUAUCACUGAAAAGACAAGUUUUAAAGCAUAAAAUAGCAGCAGGAUGGAAAGUGGGCAGUCCUAAAGAGAACCCCUCCACCCCUCCAAAGAGGGAAGCACUAUAUAAAGGAUUGCAAGGUGCUUCUGUGCUGUACCUAAGGACUGUUACAGCUGCUCUUCUAUUCUAUCUCUUUUUUUUUUCCUAAAUGGAGCUGAUCCUGACUUAAUUUUUUUGUACAGACAUCACCUUUUCUGAACUUUAAAUGCCUACCUGCCUCCUGACACUGUAAGAGGAAACUGUACACUCUGAAAACCUACUUAUAUCAGAGAUAAAUUUUUAACUGUUCUCUCCAGAUUCCAGUGCCAUCAUUUUCACUGCAGCAGUGGAGAUAAAACAGACACCAGACAGAAAUAUUUCCUCUCAGCAAAGGAAGGUGCCUGCAGCUUGUAUAGCUCUGAGCACUCAAGAAACACUGCCUUAAAUGAACAAUUCAUCGUGUCUUCAGCCAUCGCCAGCUACCACCGUAGCUCUCCCCAUCAUCUACUCCUGCCUCCUUCCCCCUGGAAUCUUUGGGAACAUUCUGGCCGCCUGGAUAUUUUCACGGAAAGCGCCCACCCGAAGGACACAGUACAUUUACCUGGCCAACCUCGUGGCUGCAAAUCUGCUGGUUUGCAGCACCAUGCCCUUCCUGGCUGCCUACUUUGCGGACGGGCACCGCUGGCCCUACGGCUCGGUGGCGUGCAGGAUCGCCCAUCACCUGGGGACGCUGGUGAUGCACGUCAGCAUGUACGUGACCAUCGCCAUCCUGUGCUCCAUCGCCCUCAGCCAGUACGCCACCCUGAAGAGGAACAGCGGCACACAACAGUCCCCAGCUCUCCCAGGAAACCUCCACGGGCGCCUGCUGCACAAGUUCCGGCGGCCAAAAUUCGCUAAAUAUUUGUGUGUGGUUAUCUGGCUGAUUGUGAUGUGCAUAACGGUCACAGCCAUCACGUACAACGUCCAGGAGAGGGCUCCCGCGGAGUUCUCCACGUGCUACAACAUCAGGGUAGAAGCUGGUGAACGUCCUGCAAUGAUUGCAGGUUCCCUUGCCACUGUGUGCUUCUUUCUGUCUUUUAUGACCGUUUUGUGGUCGUACUAUUCUCUUACCAGACAUCUGAGCAGAAUACAAAAAAAUACCUGUAUUGGAGAAAAACAUCUAAUUUACAGAAGAGUGAAAAGAAACAUUCUUGUCAUCCAGAUGAUAUUAACUGUCUGCUUUCUUCCACACCAUAUUUUUAGGCCCAUUUUCUAUGCACUGCUUACAGGUAAUGACUGUCCAAGGUUAAACUAUCUAGUGGAAAUUAAAAAUUUCCUUACUUGUCUUGCUGCUGCUAAAAGCAGUUUAGAUCCAGUUAUAACCCUUCUGUUGGAUAAAACAUUUAAGAAAAGUCUUUAUGGCCUGUUUACAAAAUCCACACCAGAACAUCAAAAAGGUAACGAUGAUACUUUCACUGAAAUGGGAAGGCAUAUGGAAAGAUUUUCAUAGACUGUAAAUAAUAAUAAACAAAUUCUAACUACCUUUAGGCAGGCUUUGCUAUAAAAUGGUAGAUAUUUAAAUAAAAUGGUAACAUUCUGUAUUUUCUUGUCAAAUAUUCUUGCUUGCUACACCAACAUUAGCCAUAAUAAAUCCAAUGUGUUUACCCAAACUAAUCCAAGGAGUUUGUACAGUGAACAGUGUAAUACCCAUUCAUCCACGUAAUACAAAAGACAUUUUACAUUUGACCUAUGGACAGCUCCUUUUACCUAAAAAAGUCAAGGAAGAAGCCAAAAUCUAUACUGAAGUUGAGGACCCAUUUCUCUCUUGCUAUCAGUAGAUGUUCUGGACACAGGCUUCCUUUACAAGAAUACUGAACAAAGCACAGACACUUUCCUUGGGAUGGCUGAACCAUAACUGUGCUACACAUCCAGUGGCCAAGUAACUGCAGCAGGACAGAACUGAGCAGUCCAAGUUUUGCAGAUGGCAAAGUGCUGCUGGCAGGAAUGGUUUUAGAUCAUCAGCUGCAAGUGUGUGUGCAAAGUGCUCUUCUAAUAUGCACAGACACAAACUCAAACCAAACCACUUCUGUCCUUUCCUGAAGUACAUUAUAGGGAAUGUAGCUGCAGCUAUCUCAGCACAAUGCCUGCCUGGGGUUGUUUCUCUAAACACAGUUUUUGAGGCCAGCAUAGGUUGAAGUCAUUCCUUCUACACUUUCCUAGUCACAAUCACUUGUUCCCCAUUGCUUAUCAAAAAGGCAAGAAAAUGAAUGAAACUUUGAGAACUAUUAAUCAAAUAUAACUUUGGGACAGACUGUGAGCAAGAUCCCUCUCCAACACUUCUACAUAGCCUCAAAACAUGACAUAUGCCUGAUUUUUUUCCUAGAUAAUCUGCCCAAGAUGAUGUCCUUUAAAGUUCUUAUAUGCAUCAAAGCUUUUCUUGCUUCAAAUAGUGAAAAAACUUUUGUGCAGUACAGGCAAUUUGAGAAACUACAAAUUGAGUCCUGCACUGGUCUAGCAUUUGACAGAAAAGUUAAUGGAGGAAAAAUCCCCCAAAAUUUAAAGGCAUGAGGGAUGAGAGAGAGUAAGAAAAACACUACAGCAAAACACAGCUCAUGUGGCAAACUUCUUGCAUUGCUUAGACAUGCUGGUGCCAAAAUCAGAAGUUAGCAGGUGACACAUGAGUUGUUUAAUAAAAACAAUAAAACAAUUCACUUCUACUGCAGUGAACACAAAAUCAUAAGGCAAACAGGCACAGCACCUGGUUUGCAAAGCAGGUUAGAGACCACAAGUAUCUCUCAAAUUUUUGGUUAAGCCAUUCAAAUGUGCUGCAUGGGAAGCCUGCUCAUUGAUCAGAAGACAUGAGUUUUUUGUGUGAGCAAAUGACUGAAACAUAUAAACUUAGUGACCAAAAGUUUGUAAAUGUUCAACUCCAGACACGCCAAGCAGAAUAAAUAUGCUUCUCAGAAAAUCUGCUUUGGAACAUACUAACAGGUCAAUAGGAAAAAGGCUGGACAAAACAAGCAUGGGGACCUUGAGACAGGAAGCAGAGGCACAGGAAUGAAAAUAAACAGGGAGAAAAGAGCACUGCCUGAAGAAACACUGAGAAAAAAUACUGAAAGUUUUGCUUUUGCAGUUUCUUGUCCAUUGAAUGAGGAAGUGUUCCUCAGAAAAAAAUGUGGCUAGGUAGGACACUUCAACAGCACCUCUGAUAGUGGUUUUGCAGCCUUAAUCACUUUGCAACAAUUCAAUAUGUACCAAAAUCCUCACCAAGACGUUGCUACUGGAUCUCAAGGAUCUAGUAAGUUCUAGUAAACAAAAAAAAAAAACCAAUUAUUACUGAAUGUCCCCAGAAAGCAUAAAAGAAGUUUCAAAGUGAAAAGAGUGGAAGGAAAGUAACAUGCAACAGAUUUCUUGUUUUGGGUAUUCAAAGAUUGAAACAGGAAGAUCAUCUUAAAGAAUAGAUUCCACCAUGGCUAUUUUUUAAAUAGUCAGUAUAAAGUUACAUAAACACACAUAAAUACAUAUAUACUACUUUUACUCAUUUUUAGAUAUGCCUAAAAGCAGAAGUGUAAGAGUAUUGAAGUCUACCAGCAAAAUCUGAAAUGCUGAGCUACAAGCAGCUCAGGCAAUGAAAGACAGAAGUGGUAAGUGAGUGCGCUCUCAGAAUUUGUGUCACAGGUUAAGUUCUGUACAGUGCAAAAUCACCAUGCAAA